AUGUCUCGUGUACCUGGAAGACUUGCUGACCCUUUGCGAAUCCAGGCUACGUUUGCAGUCAAAUUUGACGUUCACGUUUUGGACUCCAUUGGUUUGUUUGGUAGUACGCAGACAAACGAUCCCCCAUCUGUGUCGGGUCAGUUCCUCGGUUUCGACAUCGGCUUGGAGAAGAUCGCCCCUAUACGGAUGGAUGUCGGACACACUCUAAGGUUGGAUACGAUUCCUCUCAGAAUACUCACCGGAUUGUGGGACUCCUCUCCUCCUCCAUACAAUCGAUACUUUCUUGCCCACUACACUACGGGGCCAUGCAACGACUGCUGA